ACGUCUUCCGGGAAAUAAACAUUUCCUCGUGCUCACUUGUUGUUCCAACAUGGCGUCAUGUAGCGAUGGACAGAAAUUACGACAGAUUUCCUAUUCCGACGAACUUUUACAUCUUCCAAUCAAGCAUGAGAAUUCCAAGCUUCUGAUAACUAGGAAAAGCAAGGUGGAAAAUAGAAUUCCUGUACAGACCUGCAAACCGUCUUCAGUUUUAAGCCGUGUGAAGGAUUUCUUGCCUGUAAUGAGAGAAGCAGAGUUAGCAUUGGAACAAGAACUUCAAGUGAAGUCUCCCACUGAAUUGGAUAUUGAAAGUGUUGACGAUGGUGCUCCAUUUAUUGAAAUGAAUCUUGCAUUAGUGGAAACCCAGAGCGACAGCAACGAAGAAUCUUCAGAAGAAAAUGAUGAGGAUAUUUGUGGAGACUCUGAUGAAAUUGCAACCCAUGAAAUAGACUGUGGCCAUGUUACAGAAGAGAAUUUUGUUAUCACAAAACCGGUGAAAGGACUUGUUAAGCCAAUUAUUGAAGAGGUGAAAACACUGACAACGGAUAGCACACUUCUACGGCAAAACACACAGAAAACUACAACGAAAAAAGCGAAAAGGAGGAGGAAAAGGAGAUGACACGAAUUUAAAGUCGAUUCACAUAAAAUCUUCAAUUUAAUAUAAUCUGGUUUGAUAUUAAUUAUUUUUCCAGUGACUAUUUCUGUGAGAUUUACUGUAUGUAGGCCAGGUUUACACUUCCAAUUUGAAAACGGCGUUUUUACCUCGAAAACGCUGCAAUAACUUUUGGCCUUAUUGGGAAAACGAAUGGAAUGUUUACCGUUUACAUUACGUCGGAUAACCUUGUAAAAGUUCGUCAUCACUGGACAACUUAUUCGGACGAGUGUGGACAGGAUUAUGUAGUCCUAA